UACGCCGGCCAGCUGCAAUCCUGCUCCUCAGUUCACAUCUGCCAAGCAAAACCUCCCCCGCCUGGCCCUGUCCCCGCCCCCUCCGGCGGAGCGAGCCACCGAUGGCCGCCGUCAACCUCCGCCCAUUCCACCCCCUCGCGCUCCCCGCGGCAAAAACCACCGCCAGUCCCAACCGCCUCCACCUGUCGGCGAAGGCAAGGGCGACGGGUAGAAGCGCCCGCCUCGCCUUGCUCGUGUGCUCCGCUUCCAGCCCCACCACGCCCGCAGCCCCCUCCUCCUCCUCGUCCUCAGGGGAAACCAGUGGCGCGGCGGCGGCCGUGGCCAGGUGGGCCGCGUGGAUCCCACGCGCCGCGGUGGGCGGGGUCAGCCCGGAGAAGGUCCUCAGGCUCAUCUCCGGCGCUGCGGCCACGCCCAUCUGCCAGUUCGUCGACUCCCCCCGCACCUUCCUCCACUCCGUCGACCCCCGCGUCAAGCUGGUGUGGCUUUUGGCCCUUGUUGUCCUACCAGCCAGGUCGAAUAUCUAUAUGCGGUUUGGUUUGGUAGCAUGCCUUGCUCUUCUUUCAAUGUGGGUUCUGCCGAACCAUGUUUGGAAGGAUCAACUUGGAAGGGUUACUCUUCUUUCAGGCAUCAUAUUCAUAAUGUUGGGAUUUGGUUCCGAUGGCGCGCCUUCGCUAGUCCAGACAAGAACUCCUCCCCCAUCUGUUCUGGGUGUGCCAAAUAUUCCUAGUUCCUUGAGUGGAUAUUCUUACACAAUCAUGAAACUAGGACCACUGCAGUUUACCAGGAAAGGCCUGUCAGUAGCGAGUACAUCGGCAUGCCUCUCCUUUGCGAUAUUCCAAAGUGCAAGUCUCUGCUUAACCACAACCACUCCUGAGCAGCUUGCUUCUGCUUUGUGGUGGUUUAUGAUUCCACUGAAGCUUAUUGGUGCGCCAGUACCCGAGAUAAUACUUACACUGCUAUUAUCUUUGAGGUUCAUUAAUCUAGUAUUUGAUGAGGUUCGCAAUUCUGCACUGGCAAUUGUAACACGUCGGAUUGAUUGGAAAAAGCUGGCCACUAUGGAAACUAUAGAUAUUUUUUUCAACUAUGUCCAGCGAAUUUUCAAAAAUAUAUUUGAUCACGCGGAGCAAAUAUCCAAGGCAAUGGUUGCUCGAGGAUACCGCGGUGAUCCUAGCAAGCACAAGAUCUACUUCCUCGCGGAGUCUUCAUUUGGCAUCGUGGAUGCAUUGUCGUUGCUUUGUUUACUUGCUGUAAUGGGCCUGGCUUCCUUUUCAGAAAGAUUGGUUUGAUGGUAUCAGGUAUUCAAGAGCUA